GCCCAACCCCGGCUCGGCUGCGGCCCUGGCCUCCAUCUGCUCGCCCUUCAUGAGCCUGGGAUACCACCUCUGGAUUGAGAUCCUCGCCGACUCCGCCAGCGACGCCGAGCCCGUCUCCGAGCCCGCCCCCGAGCCGUGCCAUCCAGCCUCUCUCUUCGACACCAAUCUUCUUCCGUCCUACCGCUCCAAGUCCUUCAAACGCUUUGCAAAGCUCAAGCGCAAGCAGGGCGACCUUCCGAUCCAUAAGCGCUACCUCCCUGGCGAUCUUCGGAGAGACGCCCGCUGUGGACUCAUCACGGUUGAAUGGAUCGAUGUGGCAGAUCCAGAGAUAGACGUCGACGCAUACCUUGAACCGAAUCUCGAUUGCCACCCAAUGGACAACGACGAGGCGACCCUGGCCAAGGACGGCCGAGACUCGCCAGAGCACAUUCCUCGUGAUGAUACGCUCUCCGGUCAGGGCGAUGACCCUUCCCACUCCAUCGGCAGCCCGCUCGCGGCCAACGGCGAGGAUCUUUCGGUCUCGCUGACCGAGCAUCUCCCAUCGAUGCGCCUGCCACAGACGUUGGCGCCCAGAUCAUCCGGUUUCUCGCCCAAGAUCGUUCCGACAAGCGGCCUAUUUGUGCCUUUCGCCUCGGGCAAGUCGCAGUUGAAUGCCGGCAUUGUCCAUUUAUAUCGCGAUCCAAUCGACGUCCGAGAGUACUUUGCCAAAGACACCGCCAUUUCCACCUCCGUCGCUCACGGCGACGACAGCGGCAACAACGACGAUGCUUCUCCAGACGUCGUGGCCAUUCCCCUGAAUCCCGAUGGAUCGGCCGCCACCCCCACGCAGCUCCAGGACGCCAAGGGAACCGGGACGAUCCUGGCCAUCCUGGCCGUCCCAACCUACAUGACCCCGCCGGACAUCCUCAACUUUAUCGGGCCCAACCAAAAGUUUGUCUCCAACAUCCGAAUCAUCCGCGACGCAACGCCAAAUCGUUUCUUGGUCCUCAUCCGGUUCAGGCAGGCGCGGCACGCCGACCGCUUCUACAAAGAGUACAACGGGCGUCCCUUCAGCUCGCUCGAGCCGGCCAUCUGUCAUGUCGUCUACAUCAAAUCGAUCAAGUUCAGCUCGCAUGCCAUUCCUGCUUACGCCUUCCCGGCCAACACCGACGACCCGGCGUCCGUGUUCCUGACUGCUCGGACCAAUCCCGGACCACCAUGCGAAGGCGAGCCGUCGCCCAGCGAUAGUGUCCGGAUCGUGACGCACUACUCGCCACGCUCGGCGCACCCAGGUCACCUGGUCGAGCUGCCAAACUGCCCCGUGUGCCUGGAGCGCAUGGAUGCCUCCGCCACAGGAUUGCUCACCAUCGUUUGCCACCACACCUUCCACGCCCAGUGUCUGGCCAAGUGGGGCGAUAGCACCUGUCCCGUCUGCCGGUACUCCCAGAACGCGGCCAAGUUCGAGGCCGAUACCCUCAACGAAUGCGCCGACUGCGGCUCGACCGAGAGUCUGUGGAUCUGCCUGAUUUGUGGCAACAUUGGAUGCGGCCGAUACCAGUCCGGGCAUGCCCAGCGGCACUUUGAGCUCACCAACCACCUGUACUCGCUUGAGCUGGAGACGCAGCGCGUCUGGGACUACGCCGGCGAUGGAUACGUUCAUCGAUUGAUCCAAAACAAGGCCGAUGGCAAGUUAGUCGAGCUGCCGGCCCCCAACGCCGUGGAGCCUCGCGGCUACUUUCGCGAUCGGGGAUAUCAGCGUGCGUUCUUUCCCGAAGGCUGCUCUGGUGCAUACGCCUCGCCCGACGACUGCGCCUUUGCAGACGGCAAGGGUGCGAACGACGACCUGGACUAUAAAGAAAAAAUCGACUCGAUCGGGCUCGAGUACUCCUACCAGCUUACCAGCCAGCUCGAGAGCCAGAGGGAGUGGUACGAGACACAAAUCCGCAAGACGCAGCAAGAGGCGCAAGAUUUGUUUGAGCAGCUCGCUCAGCUAAUGUCACAGCGCGAGGCCACUCUCAAAGGGCAGUCGGAAAGCGAGCGCAAGAUCUCCAAGGAGCGCCGAACCCUGGACAAGCGCCUCGAAAAGUCUGGCGAACGCAUCGAGGAGCUGGAGCGCCGGCUCACUGAGGAGCAACACAUGAACGAGAACCUCAGGCAACACCAAGAAAAGUUCAAGUGCGAGCUGACGGAGCGCGACCGCAUCAUCGAAGAGCAGUCCGCUGCAAUCCAGGAGCUGCAGGAGCAGGUCAAGGACCUUAUGUUCUACCUCGAGACCCAGCAACGGGUCGAGAACUCGGAGCUGAGGGACGAGCUGAGAGAGGGCACCGUCGUUAUCAACGAUGCGCCCCGGCCGCCUGCUCCGUCGACCUCAUCAAGGCGAAAGGGCAAAUCACGCAAGUCAUGAGAGGGAGGGUACACCAGACUCGGGGCGUGAUGGGUUUCUAGUGGGACUUUUUUCGAUGACUGAAUGCGUUAUCCCUGCCCCCGCGAAAUGAACUGGGACACAUUGUCGCUGGGCUGAUCGGCGACUUGUGCUGGAC